GACGCGUAACGCGACGUAAGCACCGGCAGGGGAAUGGUUGCUCUCUUACACACCAUGUGAAAGCCUCAUGUCAAAAACUGAAUUUGUCGGUUUGAUAGGUACAUCACCCUGAAAAUGAGCGGAUCUCUCUUCCAGCUCUCCGAUGAGCUGGUCCUCGAGGCGUUGAAUCACUCAUUUCCCUGUCGAGAAACACAAAUUCGGUCUCUCGCAACACUUGUUUAUCCUGGUGCUGCACCAUGUCGAAAUCUGGUCAUCUACGGCACCGAGGCUACGGGGAAGAGCGCCAUCACGACAGCCCUAUUGGCUAAACUCUCAGAUCAGACGAGAGAUGAUGGGUUGAAUCUCAAACAUGCUGUGGUCAACUCGGCAGAAUACAUCACAGCCCGGCAUCUAUAUGAGACCGUCGUUGGCAAGGUCGCUGAUGCUCUGGAAUGGGAUGCCGCCCCUACUAGGUGCGAGACGGUAUCGCAGUUGACAGUUGAGCUGUCCAAGAUGCUCAAGUACACCCCUCGCCCUGACGGCUUCCGCUUCGUGCUCGUCUUUGACGGCAUCGACCGCCAACGAGACGCCCCUCACACCCUGCUUCCUGCUCUGGCGAGGCUGUCCGAGAUUAUCCCCUGCUUAACGGCAGUCUUCAUCGUCACCUCCCCACCACCCAACUUCCUGCUCACCUCCUCCGUCCCACAUCUCCACUUCCCGACCUACACCAAAACCGACUUCAUCGCCAUCCUCUCUGCAUCCCCUCCCGCGGCGCUCCCCAACACAACCGCCCAGGAAACAGCCGACCUCUGGGCGCGCUUCACCGCCGCCGUCCACGACGCGCUCGCCCGCGCCGCCUCCCGCACGCUACCCUCCUUCCGCCACGCCUGCGCCGCCCUCUGGCCGCGCUUCACGGCGCCCAUCCACGCGCGCACCCACUCGGCCCGCGAGUUCUCCAAGCUGCUCGUCGCCGCCCGCGUCCACUUCCAAGACGAGCGCCUCCUCGACCCAGGCGUCCUCGCCCCCCCCCCAACCACCACCACAUCAACCACAACCACAACCACCACCACCCAAACCCAACCCGCCCCCAAACCAGGAACCCCCAAAACCGCACCGCCCACAAGCACGACAACCACCACCAACGCAACCACCAACGCCGGCGCCGCCCUGGCCUCCCUUCUGCCCACAACCGCCCGCCUCCUCCUCCUCGCCGCCUACCUGGCCUCACACAACGCGACCCGGCACGACCUGACCCUCUUCUCCACCCACCACCACGGCCGAAAACGCCGACGCGGCGGCGGCGGCGGCGGCGGCAGGGGCGGUGGAGGCGUCGGUCGGCCGCGCAGCAAGCACCGCAAGAUCGCGCGCAAGCUGCUCGGGGCGCAUGCGUUUGUGUUGGAGCGGAUGUUGGCUAUUUUUGCGGCUGUUAGGGGGGAGUGGGAGGACGGUUCUAAUAAUGGUGGUGGGGGGGGGGAGCAGAAGGCGGGGGAGGCGGAUGUGGGGAUGGCGAUCGCGACGCUGGCGAGUUUGAGGUUGUUGGUGAGGGUUGGUGGCGGUGGGGGGGCGGCGGGCGAGGAUAUGAUGGAUUGUGGGGGGAAGUGGAGGGUGAAUGUUGGGUGGGAGGUUAUUCGCGGGUUGGGGAGGGGGGUUGGGGUGGAGGUGGAGGAGUGGUUGAUUGAGUGA